AAUAAAUGUUAAAAAAUACACCCUCCAAAGUAACUCUAAAUUAUCAAGAAACCCAAGAGGAGACGGAUCAUGAAGGAUUCACUCUAAUUUAUGAAUAAGAAAUAGUGUGUUAAAUUGUAGUAGAUGAUGGAGAGUAAUAGUAAACACAAGAAACUCUGAAUGUGAGGGUAUUAAUUUUGGGUAGUGAACAAACCCUUGAUAAAAUGAAAAUUGAAUUAAGUUGCGAAAAUGAUUUGUUCUUUCAUUUUAUUCAUGAGUAGUGUCUUGUAGUAUAAUUAGCGUGACUGAAGAAACUUUUCAGCAGAUAAAAGAAGGAUAGUAAUUAACAGCCUCUUUUAUUGAUUAUCCUGCUAUCUGUGUAAAAUGUCUCGACAAAGCUCACAAAGACCCUAAUAAGUACAGUGCUGUAUUAAGAAUCACUUAAGAUGGUGAUGCUGUUAUAGAAAUAAUACAACACACUGAAUACAAAAAUGUAGAAUUGAUCUAAUUCUAAUUUGUCUCUUUACCUGAAGAAUCUAUUCGUAUGGCCAUCACUAAAAAAUAUUAGAAAGUUAAAUAAAAGCUCCAAUAAAUGGAAAAUAAAUUAAAAGAUGUAUUCAUUUGCAAGCGAUUAUUCUUUAGAUUAAUGAUGUUGUUAAAGUUAAAAACCCUCAACUGCUAUUACAAAUGCAAAGAAUGAACAGAUGAAAUACAUUACA